AGCAUGCAUCUCCAGUCCACUUUAAAGCGUGUUUGUAGUUGUCAUGGUAACAUACUACUGUACGAAAACAAAAUCAACUACGUUGGGGUCCUUCUGAAUCAGGCCUAACAUAGUGCGGGAUGCAAGUCAUAUAGAAUUAUUUAACUGCGAAGUAUUGUAAAUAUUUGCUAUACAAAUAUGUUGUCCAGCCAGACAAGAAAUAAGCCGCGAUGUCGAGAAUUUACGGGGCACACGCCACAUUCCGUGGCUCUGAGGGCGAAAUUCCCAUCAUCCAGGCCUCCAGACUACCUCAUCCUGGAGAGAAGGAAACAAGAAGAGGCCCGGGACAAGGUGUUGGAGUUCACCAAAUACCAGAAUAUCUGUGACCUGAAGACGUGUUGGGAGAAAAGCUCUGACAGGCGCAUUGUGUUAGGAACCAUUGUGAGACGGGUCAAAGAUGCUAUGGGGCAGUAUCAGAUGAGCAUUGAUGAAAGGAGAGAGAGACUGCAUGACUUGUUAGAGGCAGAAGAAAUAGAACUCCUGAAAGAGAUGGAGACCAAGAAGGAGACCGAACUGGAGAAACAAGCCAAGAUGCGAGAGAGAGCCAAGUCACUGCGAGAGAAGAGGGAGAGUGAAAGACAAAGGCUGGUUGAAGAUAAGCUUGAACAGCUAUUCAGAGAGCAAAGCGAGGAGCUCCGCGCUGAACAGACUCGACGCAGGCAGGACGAAGUGUACACGGAGAGGGCCGCGCAGCUACGAGCACGCCAGGAGGCGCAGCGUCAGGAGGAGGAGGAGCAGCAGCUCUUUGCUCAGUUGUGGGAGAGCGACUGGCAAGCUAAGGUGGAGCGCGAGGGCCGGGAGGCACAGAGGCAGGUCGAGAGUAACCGCCAGCAGCUGGCCCACCUACGUGCUCAGAUGGAGGCCGCCGAGCAGCACAGACAGCAGGCUAGGCAGCUCCAAGAGGAGGAGGCCCAACUACUGCGGGAGCAGAGAGAGAUGAUGCGUCUGGAGGAGCAGAGAGGGCACCGUCAGAAGCUCCAGGGUCAGGAGAGUUGGCGGCAGCUGCUCGACCACUCUCUCAGGCUGAAGAUGAAGCGUCUGGCCAGGGAGCGGCAGGAAGAGCUAGCCCUGGACGUGAGCAUCCUGGAGCAGCUGCUGGCUGAGGACAGGGACGGGAAAGAGGACGAGGCCGCGAGGAAGCUUGAGCUGCGAGAGGAACAGCGCCGGCACCGACAGUAUUUGGCCGAUCAGCUCGAGGAGCAGAGGAGACAGGAGGCCGAGACAGAGCAGCUCAUUGAGGCCGAGCUGAGGCAGACAUGGGCCCGGAGGGCGGAGCAGCACCGGAAAGAGAAAGAGGCCAGGGACAGGCUGAUGAAGGACGUGAUGGACACACGGCGCCUGCAGAUCCAGGACAAAUUGGAUCGGAACAUGCAGAAGCAGACCCGGUUGGCUGAGGAGAGAGACGAGCUGAACAGAACCAUACAGGAAAACAAACUGCUGGACGAGGAAGAGAAACAACGUCUGAGACAGGCUCGUCAGGAGUUCCAGGCAGACCUGCUGGCCCAGAUGAUGUAUAAGCGGAGGUUGCGUGAUGAGGAGAGGGCUCAGACAGAGCAGGAGCACCAGCAGGGUCUGGCCUGUCAGGAGCAGUACAACCGGAAGAUGCAGGGGAUCCUGUCCAGGCCCACCUCUCACACCAGGGCUGUCCAUCCCUUUAGGAGAACCUCACCUAGCAGCCCCCUGCUCAGCUCAGAGUGACCUCGCGUCUGGUGGAAAGUGGAUACAUUUGUGGCCUGGUUCAGGAAGGGACAAUGUUUGUGACCCAGCCUACAUACUUUACAACGUAUCUCUAAAUAACAUACACCCACUCAGAGGCACACCCAACUAAACUCACAGACACACAUCUCAGGCCUGUGCAUUCAGCUUUAAUUGUCUUUAGAACACAGAAUUUAGCUCUUCAAGUUUCUCAGAAAAAGAUAUAAUGUUAUUAAUUUCAAAUAAAGUACUUUACAUCCGCAGAUAUUUUUCUAAUUAGCUUUUUGGCAGAAUGUUAUACACCCAUCAGCCAUAACAUUAUGACCACCUGCCUAAUAUUGUGUAGGUCCCCCUUUUGCCACCAAAACUGCC